AUGGAGGUGAGUCCCGAGGCUCAAGCACGCGGGGCAGAGGGUGUGAACGGAGGUGAGCGGCUCCCCGUGGAGGACAGCUCGCCUUCCUGGGCCGGAGCUGCACAGCCUCGAGGGGACCGCGGAGCAGCGGCCGUGAGCGCAGCUUGGACGGAAGCUCGCGCGGCUGCCCGUGCUCGUGCGCGUGCACGAGCUGAGCCCGGGGACGAGCCCAAUGCAGCAGGUGCGCGUGUGCGCGUGCGCGAGCUGAGCCCCGGGGCCGAAGCCGGAAGGCGCCAGUGCCCGCUGCAGGCGCGGCCUGGGCCUGCGGGAGGAUCACGCCGCCCAGCGCGUGUGCCCGUGCGUGCUGACAUGGUGGGCGGGACCCAGCCGAGCAGCCUCGGAGACCUGCAGGUCAUCAAGAUCCUGGGCACGGAGAAGGGGAAGAAGAACAAGACCAACCUGCUCUUCCUGGCCGGGCAGCGCGUGCUGCAGUGGGUGCAGCGGAGUCACGCGACUGAAAAGGCUCUGACCGCGCUGCUCAAGAGCCUCCCGCCUCGGCCUCUGCCCAAGCAGAUGUUCAGUUUGCCGGGGGUCGGGAGGGGACAGUGAGGGCAGGAGAGGGCGCCCUGUCAUGCCUCCUGCCGGUGACCGUGCUGUCCCCUCCAUUCCAGAACAACCUGAACCUGCUCAGAGACCUGGCUGUGCACGCGGCUCGCAGCCUCAGGGCCAGCCCCGACUGGGGACCCUAGAGGACAUCAUAUAUUGAAGAAAACUCACCACACUGCCGGCCCUUAGAGAAGAAAUUGAAAAUGCAUGUGCAGUAAUCUCAGCAACCAAUGUUGCCCACGAAGCAGUUUUCUGUACUUGUAAGUGUCUGAAAGCUGAUGGCCAACACUCUAAGCACCCCUUGUAAUUGUAGAGGCCAAAGAAACCUGUAUUAAUCUCAUGAUG